GCGUUUAAUCUGGCAGUCCCAAUGAUCCAGGUGAUGGUACCCAGGUGGCUGGGACGCAAAAUGUAAGGACAUGCCCUUUACUUGUUUCUUGCCUUCACUUCACUCGUUCAUGCCCUCAGUACCCUCUUUGUUGCCGUCUACUUGACUCGAUCCGUGACCUACGAUGAAACGAUGAAACGUUCUUCCUCGACUGCUUGUCUCGAGUCUACGGGCUGUGAUGCUUAGUUCUGCCUGAUCGAACGAGGUGACAUCAAAGCCCUCAGUUGCAGGCGGUUGUUAUAAGAUCGAUCGACACGCCGCAUUGACCCAAAGUCAACCCUGAAGUCCGAGGCACGAGCCCACGAUGGCACCCUGGCUCCACCUCGCAGCCUUGCCGUCGUCCAUGAUCUUGUUUAUCCUCAACUCGGCACCCUAUGCGAGCCUCGUCGCGGCACAGAAUGAAUGGCAUCACAAUCUCCCUCGCCACGAGAAAUAUUAUCCAGAAGAUGAGAUCCGGCUCAGAAGAAACAUGGAAAUUCAAAACCGCAUGAUGCAAAGCCCGGUGGGAGGCGUCAGAAAAAUGUCACCCGACCCAGGUGAGAAAUUCUAUCUCGACUAUUGGACUUUUAUGGACGACCUGGAUCCAAAUCCUGGACGCGGUAUCGAACAACAGGUCGAAGACACUGCCUGGGAAAAUGUCACAACUUGGACAUCUUUUGAUCGCCCCAUCAGAGUCCACAAUGGCCAUGACAGACCUAGCCUCUUGCGAAGAAUGUCCGGAUUCCAUGUAUUCGCCAAAAGACAGUUUCAGUGUCCGUCUGGCACAUCAGCGUGUACCUCAAUCAAUCGACCAAACAGUUGCUGUGGCACGGGAUCCACGUGUGUCAUUGUGGAAGAUACAGGACUGGGAGACGUCGGCUGCUGUGCCAAUGGGCAAACAUGUGCCGGAUCACUUGCGGACUGCGAAAGCGGAUAUUCUUCUUGCCCCAAUAAUCCUGGUGGAGGUUGCUGUCUACCGGGUUAUGCUUGUUACGAUAUUGGAUGCGUCCAAACCAACACCGCCACAGUUUCGCCUCCACCGGGCCCUUCCACAACCACCGUCACAAGUUACACGACUAUAACACCGUCGCUCUCGACAACCUCCACUUCUUCGACGACGAGCACCACUUCGACAAGCCAAACAUCUGUCUCGACUAAUACAUCCACCCUCCCACCCGUGAUUGUGACAGUCACUCGCACCGUCACCGUCACUAGUUCUCCGCCUGCUACAUUGACCUGUGCCUCGGCGUUUAGAACAUGUCCCGCGUCUCUGGGUGGAGGAUGUUGCCACACAGACAGAGAAUGCGGGGAUGCUGAAUGCCCGGAACCGACGACGACCACGGCAACGGCAUCUCCACCCGUCCGACCUACAAGCGAGGUCACCACCACGGAAACGACGACUGUGCCAGCUCCAACGUCGACCAUCGUCGACGGCUGUCCAACAGGUUUCUAUGCUUGUUCAGCCUACUACCAAGGGGGCUGUUGUCAGAUUGGACGAGAUUGCGGAACUACUUCUUGUCCCGCUGGAGGGAGCACCACCGUGGUUGAUGAGGGCUCGGUCACCAUUGUCGCUCCGACCGGCAGUGGUAUCACCGGUGUCGGCACUCUUCUUACAGGGUCCUGUGCUCAAGGCUGGGCUACCUGUGAGCCCGAUGUGGGAGGUGGGUGUUGCCCCAGCGGAUACACUUGUGAGACCGCCACAUGUGCAGCUGCCAGCGGAGGUGCCGCAGUCGGGAAAUUAGCGCCCGAGAGUGGCGCUAUUGCAAUAGAUACGACAUACUUGGGAUGGUUGGGCGGUAUUCUAGCAAUCAUGAGUGGGUUUCUGGGCGUUAUUCUCUAGCGACACACUGGGUCAAGUCCUGCUUGGCCGUCACAUGUGGUUUGCUCUUUGGCAGGCGCAGAUUGGGUUCAUAUAGAGCGGCAUGGAAGGAGUAUGGGCUGAGUCGACCUCAUCUGAUAUCCGGGUCCAAUGUGAAGGCCAAUCUUCAGAUAGCCAAGGCUUCUUGGAUAAACUCGAUAGUCCUAGGGAGAUCUAAAAGUCAAAACCCUUGGACUCAAUUUCGAAUACACAUCAUUGGCUAUCACUCUUUUUGUCGGGCAAACUUGAUCGAAGGACACACAAGCGGAUUGGAUUGAUUCCCUCAGUGUCAGCAUCUCCUAAU